GCCUGCCGACCCACACCACAUAUGCCCCCCCCCUAAAUUAACGUGCCCACACACCCAAGAAGAAGAGCCCGCAGGGUACUGCCGAAACAUUACUUCAGCAGCCGUCUCCCUCCUCUUCCUUCUUCAACCUCAUCAUAAGAUACAGGUCCCAGUUGGAAAGCCGUUUCCUUCGUUCGUUCCACACUUGAGCAAUACACCGCUCCCACACUCCUUCAACCCAACGGCCUACAUCUUAACGACUCAACAUCCUUUUUUUUUUGCGAUUUUCAAAUACCCAAUCAUCAUUUGAAACGAGUUUAUCCUUCAAAAUGCGUUACUCCACUGCAACUGCUUUAUUUGUGGCCGCCAUGAGCGCCAGCGAUGCGAUGGCCGGCCCAGCUCACGCACACCUUCACCAACGUAUCCACCAGAAGCGAGAGUAAGAUGACUUUGAUCUAUGAAGUCGAGAUGACAUGUAUGGCUAACACCACCCUGUAGUGUUGAUUGGAAGAAGGUUGAUUACAGUAAAAUUGAUUUCUCCAAGUUGGAUGUCGACUGGGCCAAAGCAUACGCCAAAGGAUUGGGUGAGAAGGGUAGCACCAUCAGCGCAGCCGAUCUAGGGACCUCGUUGCUCGCCUCCAAGCCCAAAUUAUCAGCAAGCCCAAGCCCCUCUGUCAACCCAACCAAGGACAGCAAGAAGGGCGACGAUGACAAGGACGAUAAAGAUGACAAGGACGACAAAGACGACAAGAAGGAUGAUAAGCCUGCAAAGCCAACAGCCACACCAAAGCCAUCUUCUGACGAUGUGGGAGAACUGCUUGGUGGUGUCGUAGGAGUUUCCAAUGACCGCAAGAAGUUUGGAGGCAAGUCCACCCAAGUCUAUGCGCUGGGCGACUUCGCCGAAAACAACGUUGGCGUCCCAUAUGGAGCCAACGUCAUGAAGGUUGAUAAAAUCGGCGAUUAUCCUUUCACCGUCACCUUCGUGAACCCUCAGAAGAAGGCCAUCACCAUCAACCUCUGGAACAAGAAGGGCGCGGAGAAUGGCGGGAACCCCACCGUUUUGUCGGGAUCCACGGAUGCUCCCAAGAAGACCACCCUGACUUUCGUUCUCCCUCCAGGAGGAGAGCAAGUCGUUGCCGUCGAUGAGAACUCCAACAUUGCCUGGGCCGAGGCCACCACCAAGCUCAGAAAAGACAGCGGCGGGUUCGACACCAGCUUCGGUGAGGUCACUUUCUUGGCCAAGGGCAGUGGAUACAACUUGUCGGCCAUUCCCAACACCGCUGGCAACAAAUAUGACAUGUCCAUCAGCAGCAAAGAGGUCAAAUGUGUCAGUGAUAUGACCCAGAACUACUGGUUGACCGCCACCCAACCAAUUGGUACUAGUGAUGGAAGUUGUUACAUUCCUUCAGCCACUGCGACUCUCCGAGUAGUCAUGGCUGGAAAUGUUUAGAGCAAAGGACAGAAAACGAGAGUGUUUAGGUGUGCAUAUUUCUUUAACUUCUUAGUAUAUAGUGUAAUUUCAAAAACUUCUGGUCCUAUCUUUCAAGGCGCGAUGAUGCUGUGAUAGCGGUGUUUUUCUCCUAUGGGGUGACUUGGAAUGGUGUAUGUAUAUAAUUGUUGAGCAUUAGCUGUGGAAAAAUAUAUAUGGAACAAUUGGACCAACC